AGUGACUCAUCGACGUAUCCAGGACCAUCCCUACCUCGCUUGCACAAGUGCAAACUCAGAGCCUAUAGUAUGCUUCUAGCAAAACAACGCGGUCCAUGCGCACCAUGACGGUGCACUAGCCAACUUGAAGGAACUAUCUGAGAGAAAGGCAAGUAGUACGAACCUACUGUGGAAGCUACAGCUACAUACUAAUGAUGAGAUUGGAUGGGUAUUCGCAUAUCCGCCUCAUUGUUAAUAUGUGAUAUAAUAGCCUCUGACGGUAUCAACACGAGGUUGACGUGAGGCGGCGCUUUAACGGUUAGGGUCCCCACUAGUUCUUCACCAGGGCCUUUAUUUGUCCCUGUCCCCCACAUUAUCAUGGAGACGUUAUACAUCGUCUGUGGACUAGUGGUCCUCGUGGUUCUAAUAGCUCUUGGCAUCACCUUGUUCAAUGUCUCCCUGCCAGCGCAGCCACCAUCCUCGGGUGUAUGUUCACCAUCAGAUUCACCCUACGUGCCUACUUCCUCGCAGCAAAGGCCAUACCAGCCAGCGAUCCGAUAUUCCCAGACCCCUUCGGGAUAUGAUAGACUUCAAGCGCCUUCGCAGCCUUCGCCGUAUCAGCCUCAUCGCCUGUCGGGCGCACAAUACCCCCCACCAGCCACCACCCCUCAGCAGUCACAUCGUCCUGUCGCAAGAGCGUCGCUGGUAGUGCCUGUGGUGAUCGACCCCCGUGAAUGUCCUACUGCAAAAGCACCGGAGGUACCUGUAGCGCGUGUAGUAAUUGACCCCCAUGAAGAUCCCAAGUCUCUUCGUCUCAAAGCCACACAGGAGGGAGAUCGGAUGGGAAAAUGUUUCAAGGAGAGGAACGAAGCCAAAGCUAGGAAUGACCAACAGCGCGCUAAAGAGCUUACCCAGAGGGGUGAGGCACACAGAGCAAACAUGAUACUUCUGGACAAGGAAGCCAGCGCAAAGAUAUUCCAAGAGAAUAACCAAAACCGCAGAAAUAAAGUCGAAACUCCACGGACUCUACGUUUCAGAAGCCGAGUCCUAUUUUGACAUUUCCGUUCAAGAAGCUCGAGACCGCGAAGAAUCGUCACUUCGUGUGAUCGUAGGAAAGGGAAUUCACUCUGAUAACAACAUCCCGAAGAUCAAACCUGCAAUCCUGGCUCACGCGAAAAGUUUGGGAUUGCCGAUCGAAGUGGACCCUCGCAAUGAAGGCUGCCUUAUUGUAAGUCUCAAGUGAACUCACUGAAUGUCAAUUUUCCUGUGAUCUCCAUGUGCCUCGCAACUUGUGUACAUAAACUACUGCCCGCCUCUUUUCAUACCAAAGUCUGCUCAAGUGGGAGAUGUACGAUUUAAUGUAAAUUCUGACAACAGUACAUAAUUGCU